CCAACGAGUAGAGAGCAUUCAACGCACAGGACAAAGACAUCCAAAAAGCACAGAGAGGAGAGAGAAAGAGAGGAAGAAGAGGUUCGGAAAAGCAAGAGAGAUUGAGGUGAGAAGAAAAAGCAAGGAGAGCGAGAUCAAAAAUUGGUAAAGUAUCUAGGUUUUAGCUUUGUGUUACUGAACUGGUGAUCCGACGACGUAAUGGCGUCUCCACAGUCGGAGCUGUUUGCGAGGACGCCGAGUUCCGGUAGGGCUCUGUCCAUAACGCCGGGGUCUAGGAUUUUGCAGAGCCCUGGCGCCGUCAGUGAUGAGGCGAUCUGGAAGAGGUUUAAAGAAGCUGGAUUUGACGAGGAAUCGAUUAAACGGAGGGACAAGGCGGCUCUCAUUACAUAUAUUGCGAAGCUUGAAGCAGAGAUUUUCAACCACCAACACCACAUGGGCCUUCUCAUAUUGGAAAGAAAGGAGUUGGCAUCCAAUUAUGAGCAAAUUAAAGCCUCUGCCAAGACCGCUGAACUUUUGCAUAAGCGUGAUAAAGCUGCAGAUUUAUCUGCUUUGGCUGAUGCAAGGAAACGGGAGGAGUGCCUAAAAAAGACAGUAGGAGUCAAGGAAGAGUGUAUAGCUAGUAUUGAGAAGGCGAUGCAUGAGCUGCGUGCAGAAUCUGCUGAAACGAAGGUUGCAGCUGACAGUAAAUUGUCUGAAGCACGGAAAAUGGUGGAGGAUGCUCAGAAGAAAUUCACAGAUGCUGAGGGAAAACUGCAUGCAGCAGAAUCUUUGCAAGCGGAAGCUUGUCGCUUUCACCGUAUUGCUGAAAGAAAGAUGCGAGAAGUUGAAGCUCGUGAAGAUGAUCUUAGGAGGAACAUUCUGUCAUUCAAGAUGGACUGUGAAACAAAAGAGAAAGAGAUAAGCCUUGAUAGACAAUCUUUAAAUGAAAGGCAGAAAUCCUUGCAGCAAGAACAAGAUAGGUUACUUGAUGCACAAGCUCUGCUAAACCAAAGGGAGGAUUUCAUAUUUGGUCAAUCUCAGGAACUGAAUCGACUUGAAAAAGAGUUAGAAGACGUAAAAGCAAAUAUUGAGAAGGAGCGUAGAGCCCUAGAUGAAGAAAAAUUGAAUCUGGAGCUGACUGGGGCUUCCCUUAUUAACAGAGAGGAGGCUUUAACUAGAAGAGAAGUUCUAUUGAACAAAAAAGAGCAAGAGAUACUUUCUUUGCAGGAAAAACUUAUGAGCAAGGAAUCUGAUGUGAUUAAGAAAGCUAUAGCAAGUCACGAAGCUGAUUUGAGGAAAAAGAAGUCUGAAUUUGAAACGGAGUUGGAUGUGAAGCGGAAAUCGUUUGAAGAUAAACUUGAGGCCAAGAGACGGGCUUGGGAGUUGAGGGAGGUUGAUCUCAAUCAACGCGAAGAUCUACUGUGUGAAAGGGAGCAUGACUUGGAAGUUCAGUUAAGGGCAUUGAUGGAUAGGGAGAAAGAAGUGGCAGAGAUGUCAAAUCUUGUUGGCGAGAAAGAAAAAAAUUUGAGAGAGGCUGAGAAGGAGUUUGAGCAGAAUAGUGGUAUGUUGCAAAUAGAAAGGGAAGAAAUUAUCAAAAUGAAGCUAGAACUUCAAAGGUCCUUGGAUUCACUUGAAGAAAAGAGGAAACAACUUGAUUGUGCUAGGGAGAGGUUUGAGCUUUUGAAAUCUGAAACAAGUGAGCUUUCAGAUCUUGAGAUUAAGCUUAAAGAAGAAAUAGAUCUAAUCAGGGCUCAAAAGCUAGAGUUGAUGGAAGAGGCAGAUAAAUUAUCUAUAGAGAAAGCUAAGUUUGAAUCUGAGUGGGAAUUAAUUGAUGAAAAGAGAGAAGAGCUGCGUAAGGAAGUGGAAUGUGUAGCAGAGGAGAGGUUGGCGUUCUCAAAAUUUAUUAAGGAUGAGCAUGAUAACUUGAGACGGGAGAAGGAUGAAAUGCGAGAUCGGCACAAACGGGAUGUGGAAUCACUUGUUAGUGAGCGGGAGGACUUCAUGAGUAAGAUGGUUCACGAGCGUACUGAGUGGUUCAGUAAGAUGCAGAAGGAGCGUGCAGAUUUCUUACUGGAAAUUGAGAUACGGAAGGGAGAGUUGGAGAACUGUAUAGAUAAAAAACAUGAAGAGUUAGAAUGUUCAUUGAAGGAAAAGGAGAUUGCCUUUGAGCAAGAAAAGAAAAAUGAAGUUGAGAUUAUCAGCUCCCUCAAGGAAGAAGCUGCAAAAGAGAGGGACCAGGUUGCUCUAGAAAGGAAAAGGCUUGAGUCUGAGAGAAUAGAAAUAAACUUGGAUCGUGAGCGAAGGGAUCGUGAAUGGGCAGAGCUAUGUAAUUCGAUUGAGGAACUGAGGGUUCAGAGGGAGAAACUAAAAGAACAGAGGGAGUUAUUGCACGCUGAUAGAGAAGAUAUUCUUGGUCUUAUUCAACACCUGAAGGAACUGGAACAUUUGAAGGCUGCUUUAGAUAGUGCAUCUGUGGCUGAGAUGCAACAAUCUGAUUUGGUGCCUCGCAGCCGGAAAACUUCUAGACGAUCUUGGAAGCAAACUUCUUCUGUACGAGACGCUAAUGUUAAUUUGCAUAAUGAAGUAAACGCUGACAACAUUAGCAACCCGUCCAUGCUAAAGAUAGGGCUAUCUCCUUCCAGUUCUGCUCAUUUCUCGUGGUUAAGACGUUGGAGGGAAUUGAUGUUUAAAAAUUCUCCUGAGAAGCACCAGUUGGAAUUUGAAGAAAGCCCUGUGAUCUCUCUGGAAAAAACAAGCUUGACAGUAACUGAACAGAUAGAAACAUCAAGUAAAUAUGAUGGGCAUCGGAACAUGGGAAAUGGCAAUUCACCUGCAUUUUUCAGCAAGAGACAGUGUGCUUUUGGUGAACCAAAGGUUAUUGUUGAAGUGCCCUUUGUUGGUGACCUUUCUAAUGGAACAAAGGAUUCUGAAUCUGAAAUUAAGGAAUUUGAUGGUGAAAGUUGUGACCCCAUAGUCUCAGAACAAGUCUUCAGGGGAGGAAGGAAAAGAAGAGUGGACAAAUCUUUGUCCGCUGGCUGUUUUGAUCCACUACUUGAGCCUAGGCAGAAUGUUAAGAAAAGGAGGCAACAGCAGGAUGCCGUUCCGAAUUCCUCAGAACAUGCCAAUAGCCAGUGCGUUGCAUCAGUGCCAUCUCAUCAAAUUCAUGAAGAUGCUGAAGAGGGUACUGUUUCAAUAGUAGAUAAAGUCACAAAGGUUACUAAAGUGAUUUUUGGGGAGACUUUAACUGGCACUCUUUCCAGUGAAGACAAAUCAGAGGCACAGAAUUCUGUUGUGGAACCAGACCAUGUAAAGAAUGGUGUCUUACCCUGUGACACUAAGGCUCAGGAAAAGAUGCAAGAAUUGAACUUGGGGGAUGCUGGACAAGUAAUUGACCACGGUCAGACUCAAGAGGAAGAUAUAACCGAAAAGAAUUUGCAGUCCGAAUGAGAUGAUAUUGGAAAAGAGUGUACAGAAGCUUAGAUAUGAAGAGACAAAUCGGAAAGCUGACAUAGUGAAAAGAGAGUAGUAAAACACUGGUUGUUGAUAGUGUACUUUUAGGUUGUUUCCUGGAUGGUUAAAUAGAUGCAAACAGACUUUUCGGCCCCCCCAACCAACUGGUUAUCGCCUUUUGAAUUUCAUUAAGGUUCGUGUAAGUAAUGCACGGUCGAGCUUGCUGAUGAGAUCUAUGUUGGAAUGAAUCGUCGGUUUAUCCGGUAUGAUAUUCGUUUCCCCUUUUUUUUUUCCUUUCGUUCCUUUUGGAGUUGGUGUUUGAGGAAGAACAUAGAGUGUAGUGUUGUGUGGCAUUUGUAAGAUAUAGGACCUUAUUUUGUUUAAUGAACAAGGAUUUUCUGGUUGUUCAGUACCAUUUGUAAACAGUGUGAUUGCCAAGCAUAAUCUUAGUUGACAAAGUUUCACCGUC